AGCUAACUCGAUCGCGGCCACGCGAAAUCGAGACGCGGAGCGCCCCAGGGAAGCUCUGCACGUGGUUGGCGCAUCUCUUCUAGCAGCACGCCGUCGCCGUGCAGCGCUCUCACCUCGCAAGCACCCAGCCGCUGGACCCCACUCAUCAAGCAUGGCCGAGGUCCCGCCGCCGAAGCGCGACGCCGCCGCCGCUGCGAGCGAAGAGCCCGAGACGAAUAAAAAGCAGAAGACCGAGGGCGGCACCGGCCUCAAGCGCGCCGACGGCACGCCGUGGGAGCCUAUUACCGGCACCUUGGUCCCGAUCGUGGGCGGCAAGGAGGGCCUCAAGCAGGAGUGGACGAUGAUCGAGCUCCAGGGCGACCUCGUCAAGAAGACGGAGACCUGGGACAACCAAAAGCUCGGGGAUUUGGAGGUGCGCGACGGCACGCCCUUCCUGACGAUCGGGAUUCAUGAAUUGGAGGGCGAGUUCGUGACCCUCAAAAAGCCCUUCGUGGUCUUGGACCCGCAGCAGGAGGAGGACGAGACGGUGACGACGUGUCGAGGCGUCGAGUGCCGGUCGAAGUUCACGGUGGCCGGCGUCAUCCGGCGGAAGGUGCUUUUUAAAUUGAGACCGCGCGUGCUCGUCGCGCGGGCCGCGGGGCCCGCGGAGGUCGUGCCGGCGGACGCGGCGACGGCGACGGCGUCGGAGCUGACGCCGAAGGACGUCGUGUCGUAAGUUUUUACGGUG